GGAGUUUGAAGAUGCAUCAAGACUGAUAGUGAGGAUAGAAAAAUCUCCUGGAGAAGAGCCGAGCCUGAACUAUUGGCCAUGUCCAUCACAGAUCACAGCCCCAGCACAGGAGUGGUGACUGUCAUCGUUACCCUGAUCGCCAUUGCGGCUCUGGGAGCGCUGAUUCUGGGCUGCUGGUGCUACCUGCGCCUGCAGAAGCUCAGCCAGUCUGAGGAUGAGGAAAGCAUUGUGGGUGAGGGAGAAACCAAAGAGCCCUUUCUGCUGGUGCAGUACUCUGCUAAAGGACCCUGUGUGGAGAGGAAAGCUAAGCUAACCCCAAAUGGCCCAGAAGCACACAGCUAACUCAGAGCAACACCUGCAGGUGGGCUGUGAUCAUGACGUGUAACCAGCAGAAGCAUCUCAAUACUGUGAAGAACCUGGUCUCCUGCACAGUACUCAUCAGAAAACAUCCUGAUGAGAAUUAAAUAAGCUUUGUUUGCAACUGCAUGCACUGAGAAGCUGCAUUUUGCAUCAGCUGUGUAUCCUAAUUCCUGUGUGGCAGGAGCUGACUGGCCUGGUGUAAUGUCCAUUGCCGGCAAUGGGCACAGGGAUAUACUGGUGUGAAGAGACUACUACUGUAUUUUGUUACUUGAAUGUUCAGCUGAGCCUAUUUUGAUGGAGCUACUACUGUAAUGUGAACUACUUUACAACUGUGAACUGUAAAUAGGCUGCCAAAACUUCUUGCUUUGUGUUCUGUAGCAUAUGGUACAACUGUAUAUAAUACACUGGGAUUCCUGAACCACUACCAUGGAUGGGACUCCAGACCUUCCAAACCAGGUCUGCAGUUCGAGCUUGCUUCUGCUACUAGAUGGAGUGUGCAGCCAGAACUCCUCCUUUGAACAGUUUAUUGGACUGAUACAGAGUACUUCCUUUAAAAAGAAGGGAUAAGCCUUCAGUAAUAUACUGAAGUAGGAAACACAGGAGCAAGAAAGGAAAAGUUGCUUUAGCUGCAGCUAUGUUGGGUAAACUUUUGGCUGCUAGAACUGAGUUCUCCAUGUAGCUACUGCUAGGAAACUGCCAUUUUGAUGGGUUCCAGCCUGGGAACUUAUGAUGGAUACUGAACCCUCAGGGAAAGUCCAGAUGGUUUCCAGGUGUUUGAAAUGGCAGUAGAGCAGGCUUCUGUCUUCCAUAGGUCUGUGUGCUGAAACUGCUUAAGUGGUUACUUAGCAGAACUGGCUUAAGUGCAACUAGUAUAAAUUCUUCCUAGAACAAUGGUUUGUGUACUUAGGGUGUAUGUUAACAGCCUGAUAAAAAAAGGCAUUUUGUAAUAU